AACGUUUGUGGGAUUUUUUAUUCUGACCGCAUUGCAACAAAGUUUACAGUGGUGCAAGUGUAGCUUUAUUUUUGUUAUCCUUUAUCCGAUUCCACGUUUAAUACAGUCUGAAAAGGAUGUGAAAGGGCAACAUUUAGAAACAGUUAAUCGACUGUUAUGUAAUACGCCUAAGGAGCGAAGUACAAACGUUGCUAUUGCCCAGUUUUUUUUCCUUGUUUAUGGCAUGGUAGACAAACCCAUCGUUGUGCGAACGAUCGAUGACUGGUUCUCUAACCGUAGUUAAUAGUAGUCUACACCCAUAGGUGGCUGGUUGCUUUCGAAUUGGUUUGGGUUGUAAUACCUAGUUCGGUGAAACAGCGUAUAAGAAAAUUAAGGCCAGCAAGUAGCUCGUGCUUUUUCCGAGGUCCCGCUGGUUUUUAAUGCAGAAUCACUGUAUUCACUGUCCUAUGAUUAUCAGUCAAGAAUGAAUGUCGGGAAAAGUGGCUAUCGUGUCUUCUCUGCCAACUCUACCACAGCAGGCACAGAGCUCGCCAAGAAGAUCACAGAGCGCCUUGGUGUUGACUUGGGAAAGUCUGUGGUCUACCAGGAGUCCAACAGAGAAACAAGAGUAGACGUGAAGGAGUCUGUGCGUGGACAAGACAUCUUCAUCAUCCAGACAAUCCCCAGAGAUGUGAACACCGCCAUCAUGGAGCUGCUGAUCAUGGCCUACGCCCUGAAGACGUCGUGCGCUAAGAACAUCAUCGGGGUGAUCCCAUACUUCCCCUACAGCAAGCAGUGCAAGAUGAGGAAGAGGGGCUCCAUUGUGUGCAAGCUGCUGGCGUCCAUGUUGGCCAAAGCAGGUUUAACUCACAUCAUCACCAUGGAUCUACACCAGAAGGAGAUCCAGGGCUUCUUCGGUUUCCCCGUGGACAACCUGCGGGCUUCGCCAUUUCUCAUCCAGUACAUCCAGGAGGAGAUCCCAGAUUACAGAAAUGCUAUUAUUGUCGCCAAAUCCCCCUCGGCUGCAAAGAGAGCUCAGUCCUAUGCGGAGAGGCUGCGUUUAGGGCUCGCUGUGAUGCACGGAGAGGCGCAGUGUUCCGAGUCAGACAUGGCCGAUGGACGUCAGUCUCCCCCUCUGGUCCGCUCAUCCAGUGGACACCCCGGCCUAGACCUGCCCUUGAUGAUGGCGAAAGAGAAACCUCCUAUUAGUGUGGUGGGGGAUGUCGGUGGCCGAAUCGCAAUCAUUAUCGACGACAUCAUAGACGACGUGGAGAACUUUGUGGCCGCUGCUGAGAUUCUGAAGGAGAGAGGUGCCUAUAAGAUCUACAUCAUGGCCACCCACGGCCUGCUCUCCGCUGAUGCCCCAAGACUGAUAGAAGAGUCUGCCAUUGAUGAGGUGGUGGUCACUAACACGGUCCCUCACGAGGUGCAGAAGCUGCAGUGCCCAAAGAUCAAGACUGUGGACGUGAGCAUGAUCCUGGCAGAGGCCAUCCGCCGCACCCAUAACGGCGAGUCCAUGGCCUACUUGUUCCGGAACAUCACCGUGGACGACUGAGCCUGGCCAAGGAGCCCAGACAGACCAGCAGGAGCGCUGGGGUGGGGGAGGAGGGACCAAGUGGCAGCCUGUUACCCAUCGUAACACACACACACACACACACACACAUACAGAUACAGAUACACACACACAAACACACACACACACACACAUACAGAUACACACACACACAUACAGACACACAUACACUGAUACUGACACUGCAUAUUACUCGAGCACCACACUCUCGUACAUUCUAUAUUUACCGUAUGCAAAUACAAAUACAAAGGCUUUCACAAACCACUGCAGAUACUUGUUUUGAACCCACCCACAAAUUCUCACACGUACACGGACAUGAACAGAGGCCCACACACUCAAGACAUGGGGCCAAGAUGCAGUGAGACCAAGGAUCCAGCCACUCUUGCCUUCUAUUAGCAUUUCUUAUCUCUAUAUAGGGGUGUUGUAUGUCUGAUCUAGGCAACUAUGUUUGACUAUGUAGCAAAUGCAGAAAAGACUGCACUCACAUGCAAAAUCACAUGUGAGAUGACUCUUUUUUCCAUGUGAUGCAUGCCUGCCUAAUACAGUGUGCUUCAACCAUGCAUUGUCUUCUGAGACAUCCUUUGGGAAGUUCUAUUUUCCUGCACUUGAUUGUAGCAAUAGGCUUAGCAGAAGCUAACUUCAUAGAAGGACACUAGAUUUCAUAGCUUUUGGAGAUCAAACUUGGAAUGUUUUCCGUAUGCCUGAAUUUCACCUUGCCAUUUUCUCUUUUUUUUUUGUUUUCAACUAAAAAAAACAUUUAUGAAGACAUUGAAAAAAAAAGAUGAGUUUUGAAGUAACCCGAUUCCCUGGCUUAUUCAAAGUCCAUAUUGAAAGCUAAUGACUUGCCUUAAGAGUACAACACUGUAAUGAUUAUACCCACUCCAGUAUACAGUCUACCUUUCUGGACAUGGGUCCAUGUUUCCUUUAUUUCCUUACUGUACUGUGACUGAGCAGUAAAGCAGAAGCUGUUUCUUCUUGUUUCCUUGUUUUUAAAUAGACACCGAUACAUCUUUCAACACUCAAGCUGUGCACAGUGUCCAAGGCAACAGGACUUUACUUUGUAAUUAUUCCAAACUAUUUUGAGGUGAGGGGGAUUUACUGUAUGCAAGGCCCUUAAUGUGCAGACAUUACGGAGUUGCCCUCUUCUCGUUUCGACAGUUUGAUGUUUUCAGUGAGGAACCUCGCGUCCCCACGCAGCCUUUACUAGGGUGUGAUUUCAAUACUUGGUCUGAAUGACUUUCAGUUCUUCUUGGAGUUUUAAAAAAAAUAAAUAAAUCAUGCAUGCAGCCUUCGUCUGUGUUUUGUCACACAGUCCUCCACUGUGAUGUUCUGUCUGUGUUAGCUGAACAGCCUAGCCCCAAGACAGGAGUUGCAUUACCAGAUAAUGGACUUGGAUCCACCUGAGUUCAGGUGCCCAGCCCAGAAGCCUCAAGCUAAACAUGUCUAUCCUGUACGCUCCCACCACCCAGAGGCUUUCAUCCGCCUUUUGCUUACAAAAGCAAAAGUCGCUUAAUAUGGAUUUAUGUUUACAUUCACUACCAUCAGCUUUUCUUCUUGGUUCAAUAAAGUAUUUUUGCCCUCUUUU